CCCAUUUUCAAAUCCAUCUUUUCUUUGCACCAACAUGUCUUCUUCUUCCAAUGGAUUCUCUUUUCUUACUUUUCAUGGCAAGAAAUAUGAUCCAACAUUUGAUUAGAAUGAUGAGGAGGGGCUCCUUCAAGACCUCAAGACCCAUGCUCCAUAUUCUUACGUGGACAUCAAGGUCUGGUUGUAUGAAUACUUUGGAGUUAGACCUCAAGUUCGGGAGGAGGUUAAUGGCAUCAAGAUUUCUCCGUUGGUUGCCCAAACAUCGUUUGUCAAUACCCUCUAGGUGUUCUUUGGAAAUUUGGUGCUUGCUGAUUGACAACUUGACUGCUAAUGAUAUGACUUUGAAUCCUUGGGUUGGAUGUGAGAAGUAUGCAGAGUGUGAGUGGGCUCUAGAGCUGAAUAACCGUUAA